AUGGAUCUCGUUCGGGGAGAUUGGAUGCAACCGACGGAAUCCGGAGGCCUACUCAAUUUCCAAAUCAAACUUGCACGGCUUAAGAGAACCCUAAAGGUAUGGAACAAGGAGACCUUUGGGAACAUCCAUCUAAACCUCAGGGAUAUGGAAGUGAAAAUCGCAACGGCCCAAAGCAAUUUCGAGGAAAGGCCAACCCCGGAGAACAGGACAGAGAUCAAUAGAUGCAUCGCCGAGUACAUUCGACUACUCAAAAUGGAGGAGGACUUCUGGCGCCAAAAGGCUACUCUAAGAUGGCUAGGGGAGGGCGACAAGAACACGAAAUUCUACCAAAGUUGGGUGAAACAAAAGAGGAUCCGCACGCGCAUCCACAAGAUCAAUGUGGGUGGCCGGGAGAUCUCGGACGAAAUGGAGAUUAGAAGUUCGGCAGUGGAGUUCUUCCAAGAUCUACUGGCCCCGGGGCCUAUCAUUUUGUCCGAGCCAGACCUUGAUUUGAUUCAUCAACUCCCACCCUUGGCUGAAGUGGCUGCACUACCCGAGACACCAUCCGCAGAGGAAGUCAAAAAUGCUGUUUUUGAUAUCUACGGGGACAGUGCCCCAGGGCCGGAUGGUUUCACGGCCUUGUUCUACCAGGCUUGUUGGGCGACGGUUGGGCCGGACGUGGUGGCGGCUAUCGGCCAAGUUUUCGGGGGCGCCUACCUCCCACGUAGCGUCACGGCCACAAGCAUUGUUCUCAUUCCAAAAAAGCCUGUGCCGGAAUCGUGGAGCGACUACCGCCCUAUUAGCUUGUGCAACGUCGUCAACAAGAUUAUCACAAAGAUUAUGUCGAAGAGAAUGACUGGGCUCCUCCCUAUGAUUAUCUCGCCAAACCAGAGUGGAUUUGUGAAGGGACGGCUCCUUAACGAUAAUGUCCUUUUGGCACAGGAGAUGUUCCACGAGCUCUCGAGAUGUGGGUCGGCUCCUAAUGUCGCGGUUAAAAUCGAUAUGGCCAAGGCCUAUGACCGGGUCCAAUGGACAUUCCUCCUGAAAGUGUUACACCGGAUGGGUUUCCCGGCCCCGUGGGUCUCCCUGAUUGAGAGAUGUGUGGGAUCCUGCUGGUUCUCGGUGCUGGUCAAUGGUGCCCCCUCCGGUUUCUUUAAGUCCACCCGAGGCCUCAGACAGGGAGAUCCAAUUUCUCCGACCCUUUUUGUGAUUGCAGCUGACUACCUCUCAAGGGAACUAGACAGGCUCAUUUUGAGAAAGAAAGAGAUGAUUUUCAGAGCCUCUCGCCACUGCAUGGAAAUAAGCCACCUUGCCUACGCCGACGACAUUGUGAUUUUCACACAAGCAGCGGAGGGCCCUCUUAGGCGUUUGCGGACUUGCCUGGAAAAUUAUGCCAGGGUCUCCGGGCAGCAGAUCAACUUGGCAAAAAGCAACUUUUACAUUGCCGAACAACAUGAAGGAUGCGCCAUCACUAUUCAAAAUGAAGGAGGCUUCACACGAGAGAGAAAAAAGACGCAUUGGAUUGGGUGGGAUCAGAUCUGCCUCCCCACCUCUGAAGGGGGUCUCGGCAUCCGUAAGACCAAAGAAGUCCUCCGGGCCUUCAGUAUCAAACUUUGGUGGAGGUUCCGGGAGCAAAAUUCCCUUUGGGCUAGGUACAUGAAGGCCACGUAUUGCCACAAAAACUCUCCCCUUGCGGCCUCUCCUUCGGGGAGAAACAGCCCGACAUGGAAGCGGCUAAUGAAAGUGAGAAAUCAAGCGAACCCGAAUAUUAGAUGGGUGAUCGGCCAGGGCGAUGCCUACUUUUGGGAUGACAUUUGGCUUGGGGAAUACCCCCUUCGCGAGCUCUGCCUUGACGAUAGAGGCACCCCUUCGACCAAGGUUUCGGAAUACAUUGGGGGUGAAACAUGGGAUGAGAUUAAGCUACGGCAACUUCACAACCAGGCUGGAAUGCCUCAAGAGAUUAUCACACAAAUCCUUGAUACCCCAAUAGUUGCGGGAGAACCGGAUGUCCCCCGAUGGAAACUCUCUCGGCUCGGGGAGUUCUCGCUCGCGACGACUUGGGAGACAAUACGCUCACAAAGACCAAGCAUUCAAGGCCUCGAUGACAUUUGGAAGGCUGGACUUACAAAAUCUAUUGCGAUCUUCAAUUGGCGACUUUUGUCAAACAGGAUACCGGUUCACAUGUUCAUCUACAACAACAUGGCCAACGGACACAUCAAGCCGAAACAUUGGAAGGGAGUAAAAAUCGGAAUGAGCCUUCCGAACCACCCCGAGACAAGGGGGCCGAGACCGUUAGUUAUGCCGGUUAAGUGGCAUCCCCCGGAACGCACAUGGAUCAAGCUUAACACGGAUGGGGCGUUCUCUGAGGCAACAAACAUGGGCGGCGGAGGGGGUCUGGUUCGGGACCACAAUGGGAAGCUGCUUGUAGCUUUUGCAACCCCACUCGCCGCUCACUCGGCUCUUGAGGCCGAGCUUAUGGCCAUUCACCAUGGGUUGGAGGUAGCAAAGGGGUUCAACCUACCCAUUUGGGUUGAAGCAGAUGCGGAACAAGCCAUUAAGUUGCUCAAUGGCUCGGCUUGGGGCCCGGCACAAGUUCGCCGCGUAAUGGCCCGGCUACAUGGCUUUAAGCGUAGACAUACCGUCAGGGCCACUUUCAUCCCUAGGGAGGGCAACAAGGCGGCCGAUUUGCUCGCCAAAAUGGGAGCGGAACAAGAUCAUUUCCAACAAAUGUCCUCACAAAAUGUUCCAGCAACAAUUAGAGCCAUCAUCCGGAUGGACGAAAUGGGAGUCCCCAAUCUUCGGGUGAGAGAUGAUGAGCGAGAGUAG